GACUGGACGACGGGCAGUGGGUGGCGGGUGUACGUGUCCAGAACGCGUCAGUUACCCGGGCAUCCUGACUAUGGCAAGCCCAGCCCCCGACAGCACCCAUCCGACUUUGCUGACUUCGGCUUCAAGAAUUCUCCCAUUUAAAUUCUUCGUAUUCAUCAGAAAUUAACCAUUAUCCUGCAAUCCUGAGAUAUUCAGUGUCAUUUGCUAAUAGUUUAAUCAGUAUUUGGUUCAUAUAUCUAUUCUUUUUCGUCCAACAUUAAAUACAAGGUAUUUCAUUGCUGAAUAAUAACUACCAUAAAAAUGUUUCAGGUCAAUGCCUAUGUAAUAUAAAUUUUUCUUGGCU